AAAUAAUCCACGUCUUCCACACACCCCUUCAACCCUAACAAACUCACAAAAAUCAACUAUCAUGACCUAUUCUCCAUCAGCCAAAUACAGAGGCGCGACAGUGGAAGACCUCGACCUCCCUCCGGCGCUGAGCAUCUCCCCCUCGGCCCCCAUCUCGACGGCACUAGCAAUGGCCCACGAUCGCGAUUACUCACAACUCACUGUGACAUCCUCCACUACCCGCGCUCUCCUCGGCUACCUCUCUGUCCCCAAGAUCGAAUCGCUGUUACAAUCAUCCUCCCCCGGAAGUAAUAUUAGACUCUCCGACCCCGUCAGCAAAGUCAUGAACAGGUUCGAUCGCAAGAAGGGGAACGUGUAUAAGGUUAUUACGCCAAACACUACAUUAGAGGAACUCGAAGAGUUCCUGAAGAAGGAGGAGUUUGCUGUUAUUACCGAUGAAGGGAGGAAGUUCGUUCUGGGGGUUGCAACCAGGGGUGAUCUGGAGGAGUUUACAAAGAGGAGGCCUGCCUAGUUUAUUCCUAUAGGGUGGGAAUGUGAAUCCGGAUAUCGCGGUUUGCUGGGGUUUCCUGGGUUGCUGGAAGCUGGCUGGUUUACCUGUUAAAACAAGGCUUGUCUUUAUCGGUAUCAUUUUUUCAUCUUUACUCUUCGUUACUCUUUCUGCUUGUGACUUCCUCCCUCUCGAGGUGUUUUGUAUGUAUUUUGGCGAUAACUUUGCCGCUACGGCGGUAGGUGUCUAGUUCUGAAGAACGUUUCACAACCUUUAUGGUUCGUGCCCCAAUGAAUACUAUCAUACCCAUAACUGUAA